AUGAAGCUCUUUGACUUCGCUUUACUCCUAACAUGUGUCGCCAGUGCAACUGCCCAUGGCGGGGUCUACACUUACAACAUUUCAGGCUCGAUAUACCAAGGAAAUCCAUGGCACAUCUGGGAUUAUGGGCCAUUCUAUGGCAACGGAAAUGCCUCUGGCAUCCCAGACGGGAUCAACAGCAUCCAACGGCGCUGGUACUUCUGGCCACUCUACGAUGUCAGCGACGGAAAUAUGACGUGCAACUUCGACGGUGUGGCCACAACUAACUCUCUGCAUGCCCCAGUAGCAGCUGGAAGCACGAUAAUUGUUCAAUACAACGCUUUGCAGUUCACCCUUACCACGGUUGACAAAACGAUAUGGUUCCACCAGUAUGGUCCGCUUCUCGUGUACAUGGCGCGCUGCCCCGGAGAUACUUGCCAGAGUUUUGAUGGGAAAGGUGCUGUGUGGUUUAAGAUUGCGCAGUAUGGACUUGCUCCUGGGGCAGUGAAUCUGCGUGGGCCGUGGUUGCAGGCGAGUAUGUUGGAGGGAGAAAACGCGACGGGGUUUCAGGUGACAAUUCCAAAGGAUUUAAGACCAGGGAAUUAUUUAAUUAGACACGAGGUGAUUAACUUACAGUCGAGUACGGAUUAUGGUGCGCAGUUCUAUGUGGAGUGCGCUCAGCUGAAAGUGGAGGGGUCGGGUGAUAAGUUUCCUAAUGAGGAGUAUAUGGCUACGUUCCCUGGAGCGUAUAAGUUGUCAGAUCCCGGAAUUGCUCUUGCGGGUAAUGAGAUUUCUGAUGGCGAUCUGCUUCCUCAAUAUAAUACGACCGACUAUCCUUUCCCAGGACCACCUGUAUGGAAUAGCGAGAUUUGA